AUGGAGGGAAAUGUGCACGGAGGAGGAGGAGGAGGAGGCGGCAGCGACGUGGCGGCGAUGCACGUGAAGACUGAAGCGGUGGAUGAAAACCCAUCUGCGCUGGUUCUGGGCAGCCAGGAGCCGCCUGCGCCCUGCGGAGAUACCGCAUGCAGAGGAGGAGGAGGAGGAGGGGAAGGGACUGCAGAGGAGCUGGCUGACACAGAGCUGCAAGCUGCCACCACAGCUACUCCUGUCAUACUGUAUCCUGUGAGUACAGAUCGUUUCUUCACCACAUCAGGGGAUGGAAAAACCUACCUGAAGAUAGCUCCAGCUUCGGUGAUGCCACCUGCUCCCUCAGAGAAGACGCUUUCCUCCGGCUCGGAUUUCUCCUCCAAAGCCGUGCUGUGUCUGAUCGAGGCGGUCGGCCGCCGCUGGGGCCUGUACGAGACUCGGGAACGUUCUCAGCUCUUCCAGAGCGUCCAGGAGGAGAUGGCCUCCAAGGGCCACGUGCUUCCUGUCGAGAAGAUCCGCCGCAAGUGGAACAACCUUAUUGUCACGUACAAGAGGGUUAAAGACCGCAGCCGGGAGACGGGACAUGCUAAGACGUCCUGGGAGUUCUUUGAUCUAAUGGACGCCACGCUCUGCGACACUAUCGGCACUCAGAUCAUCAACAACAAAAGAAACAAAGGCGGCCACGCAGUUUCUACGCUGCCGAGUCCUUUGACAAAGAUCGCCGCAAAACCAGCACAGCUCCCGCAGCCGGCCACCAUCAUCCGCCCCAACGGGGACUUUGCUACGCCCGGUGGUGUGGAGGCCGUCGGCCUGGGGCCUGCCACCAGUCAAAUCAGCAGCACCACAGCCAGUACCUCGGUGAAUGCAGCAACCGUUAGUCCAACAAAUGGUCCCGAUCUCAAACCCCUGAUUGUCCUAAAUGGUGACAUUGUUAGCACCAGUAUCCAUCCAGCCACCAUUGUGCCAGCUCCGUCUUUCAUCUCCUCACCUUGUUUCACAGAAGCAGCCUCUACAUCCCCUUCUCUUGGCUCAACCAGCAACACAGACCUCAGCACAGCCGGCUACACAAACUGUAAAACUCCAUCCUUCUCCCCUGGCGUCAUCCCUUUCCGCCUUAGUACAGCGCCGCUUCCCCACAAUCAGAAUCUCCUCAGCCUCUCCUCUUCGUUCCCCCCUACGCCCUCCUGCCUCACUUCCUCUGUCGCCACCUCGUUGUCUGCAGCGACCACGGCAGGAACUGAAGGGCAGAGCCAGAAAGGGAACAAGGAGCAGAGCAGCGUUACGUUGUUCCAGGAGAUCCUGAAGCAGCAGGAGGAGCAGGCCUACCUGGAUCGAGUGGCUCGCCGCAGGGUUGAAGCCAGGGAGAAGAGGCGCGAGAGGAGGGAGGUGCGAAUGUCGGAGUCCCUGGGAAGGAUCGCCACGGCUCUGGAGCUGCUCUCCUCCAAACAGGACACGGUCAUCGCCCUGCUGCAGAGGCUGGCUGAUCGGAAGUGAUGGAGGCUUGACAGCAUUGCUUCUUUGAACUCCAUCCUGAGAUCAUGCUUGUGCAAACAUCACCUGCCGUAUUGUGACCAGGAUGUAACGCUACUGAAAAGAGAACUAAAAAAAAAAAAAAGAACUUUUCUAAAUUACAGAGAAGUGAAAUGUUUGAUUAUUGUUGAACGCUUUACAUUUUGCUGCACUAACAUCCAUUAAAAAAGAUUCUCUUUCAAAGUACAGAUUCAACAACAAA